CAUAACGUUGGUACUCGAUCAUUUUCAUUUCAUUGCUCACUGCUCUGUUUAUAAUUUUCAUCUCCUUUGCUCACCCUCUUGUUCCAAAUAUGGUACUUAAAUCUACCUGAUAUAUCGUUUAUGGUCCCGCCAAACUUUACAUAGACACUGUCCGUGACACUAAUUAAUUAUUAGUUAAAGUUGAUCGAAUAUGUUGAUGCAUGUAUCAUGUAUGCUACAGAGUUUGGAAGAAUCUAAGAACAAACCCUUUUCGGUUGGGCCAUUUGGAUCAAAUGGAGGGGAUGCCAUUUGGGAUGACGGAGUUCACUCCACGGUGAGGCAGGUGGUGAUCUACGCAGAUGUUAAGGGCAUACGUUGGAUUCAGAUUGAAUAUGAUGACAAUGGGAGCUCAGUUUGGUCAGAAAAGCAUGGUUCAGAUUAUCCCAUGCUUCAAACUCCUAAAACAUACAAGGUCGAGCUUGAUUAUCCAGACGAAUUUUUUACUUCUGUUUAUGGAUAUUAUACUGAUAGCCGGUUCAUACCGACUCAUCUCACAAAGCUUAUUUUCCGGAGCAACAGAAGAAGUUAUGGACCAUUUGGAGUUGAGGAUUUCUUGACAAGGAGCUUUUCAAUCGAAGCGAGUGGGCAGAAGAUCGUAGGGUUUCAUGGCAGAGUACAUAGUUGGUGGUUACUUCGUGCACUAGGAGCUUACUUCAUGAUCAUCAUCGGAAUGGAAACCUUCGCCACUCAUCAAAACAUCUACUUCCAUCUCGGUAUUCUACUGCUCAAACCAAGCCGAGGAAAGACGGAAAAACUAAGCAAGACAUAUCUAAUAUUGUAGUUUCCGGUAAUCAAAAUAAGUGAAAACGAAGGGAACUAUAAUGGGAAUUUUGUUGUUGGAAGUGACCCUAAACUUAUUUUUAUUAGCCUGAAUUCCAGCUCGGUAUUCUACUGCUCAAACCAAGCCGAGAAGAAAGACGAAAGAGCUAAGCAAGACACAUCAAAUAUUGUAGUUUCCGGUAAUCAAGUUAGUGGAAACGAAGGGGACCAUAUAUAAUGGAAAUUUCGUUGUUGGAAGUGACCCUAAACUUAUUUUUAUUUGCCUGAAUUGAUAUAUCAGAACGAAUCGGGAAUUGCAAUAUUGUCUCUCUAC